CUGAAAGUUUGUUUCUCUCGCCAUUUUGUACCUGAAACACGAUCGGAGAGAAAGCUUCGAUUAGGGUUUUGUGAAACUCAUCGGCGGGGAAGAGAAAGCAAGCAAACGAACGAUGAUCGGCGGCAGCUCCCACUGGCCUACAUGUAAACGCAGAAAGAAAGCUCGGAAGAUCAAGGAUAGGCUCAGCGAACUCCCCGACCAUCUCCUCCGCCGCAUUCUCUCCUUCGUCGACUCGAAAUUCGCCGUCCAAACUUGCCUUCUCUCCCGGCGGUGGAGAUCCGUCUGGAAAGGCGUCCCCGCCCUCAAUUUGGACUCCAAAUCCUUCAACAAAGCUGGCCAUAGCUUCAACAGGUUCGCCUCCGAAAUCCUCUCCCGCCGCUACGACUCCGCCCCAGUCGACGAAAUGAGCUUGGAAAUUAGUGACACCUUUGAUCUUUCUUUAGGUGAGUCUGUCUUGAUGUACCAGAAGCUCUUCGAUUACGCGGCCUUGCAUGAGAUUCGAUCCUUGCGCGCCGCCAAUUCUGAGGGUGAAGAGCUCUGGCAUUAUUUUAACGGAGUGGGAUUCGGUUCCCCUGCUUUCAGAAUGCUCGCGACUCUGCACCUGGAGGGCUGCAAGGUGUAUUGCCCCGGCAGCAUCGACCGGCUCGACCCCUUCUCCGAUUUCCCCAAUCUACGUGAUCUAUCACUGGCGCAUUGCAGCUGGAGGGGUGACGGUGAAGAUGGCAUAGAGGAUCGUCCCGUCUGCUUGAGAAUCUCCGGGAUCAAAUUGCUGAAUCUCAGGAUAGAAGGGCUGUGGUACAUGCGCAAGAUCGAAAUAUUCGCGCAGAAUCUCGAGUCAUUGUACUACGGAGGAGAAGAUACAGGAGUGGACAUUGGUGAGUUGCAUCUUCCUUCCCUUGAUCGCGCUUAUGUACAUAUCUGGGAUUGCUUUGGUGCUGCUCGGCGGUUAAUGAACAUGUUCCGAGGUUUGCACAGUACAAGAACACUUGAACUGCAUUGGAAUACUGUCAAGGAGAUUGAAAGGGAUCACGAUCUGUUCGACGGCCAAGUUUCUCCUUUUACUCGAUUGAAGACGUUGAUCUUCAACGCGAGAGGAUCGGUUCGCAUGCCCGAUUCGGUGUCGCGUUACUUCUUCGGUAACCCAUCUAACAAGGAAAAGAAGUCUACUGAGUUUAAGGUGGAGGAGGAUAUGGUAGGGAAUUCUAAGAGGCGCAAGAAGAAACUCGAAGUAAGGAGCCACGAUGGGGAAGAACAAAUCGACAGGUUGAGCAAUCUUCCAGACAACAUUAUCGAACGCAUUCUCUCGUUCUUCGACACGAAAUCCGUAGUUCAGACCAGCAUUUUAUCAAGGAGGUGGAGAUGUUUAUGGAAAGCAGUUCCUAGCCUCAAUUUCUCUAGGAAGUGUUUCCGCAAAAAAUCAAGUUUCACUGAACACGUGAACAAGUUUCUAUCUCUCAGAUUUGAUUCUGUGACUGUUGGGAGCAUCACCUUCGACUUUGGAAGAGAUCACUGUCGAAGAGCUGGUAUAGAGCUGUUUCAUAAUCUCAUGCAACACGCUGCUGCCUCCCAUGGUAGCCAGCUUUACCAUUUGUCCAUUAACCAUAGUCAUGGCAAUUUCAGCGACAUAGCUGCCCCCAUAACUGAUUAUGAUCAUCAUGAGUCACUCAAGAUUCUGAAGCUGAGGGGAUUGGUUCUAUACAGUCAUGCACUCUCUUCUUUGGGGUUUAAGUUGCUGACCACUCUGGAACUGGAUUUCUGUCGUCUGUCGGAGCCAAAUGCUCCCUAAUCUGGCCUUUUUGAAACUGUAACCGAUCUCCCAGCUUGUUUGAAGUACUUAAAGCUUGUUGACUGCAUGUCAGCAUACCGCAUGAAGCUAUCAGCACUUGAGUUGCUGGACCUGGAAAUUAGAAGUUCAUUUUUCAUUCGGGGAAUUGAAGUGUGUGCUCCAGAGCUCAAAUCUUUCCGCCUAUGGGAUAACAUGUUAGACUUAAAAGAUGAGGCCCUUCAAGUUUAACUGCCCUUCACUAAAUCAUGCAUGCAUCUGCGUCUGGUGCAAAUACCCAUAUAAUUGGAAGAAAGAUGACCAUACAAGAUUGGAAGAUGCCAGUCGAGCAUAUAUGUACUUGUUGCGUGAAUUGCAUAAUGUGGAGUCUCUCAACCUUCGUUUUGACAAGCUGGAGAGUGGAAUGGCUUGGAACGAACACCUCCUCCCCUUCAGCAGAAUGAAGCUGUUAAUCGAGUCGUCGGAAGCCUCUCCUUUUACUAGAUUGAAGACAUUAAGAGUGCAGUAUCCAAAAGAUCCACCAACCCUACCAUAUGAAGUGAUCCGUUAUUUCUUUGAGAGCUCCUCUAGUACAGGAGAAAAGUCUGUUAAAUUUGAGAAGAUCAAGUAAUGAAUCAUAGUGUUAUGAAGUGGUGUCAAGCUAUUAGUGUGUAGUAGUAACAGAUCACAAAGAUGGUAGGAACUAGGAAGGAUGCAUGGUGGCCAUGAUGCCACUGAUUUUGUCAAACACUGAUGUCUCUACUGUGUCCAACUUCAGAUGCUUUUUUGGGAUGAAUGAUUUCUUCUUCAUAGGAACUAGCAGCCGGCAGGGCGGUGGCCUUUGGCUCAGACUCCAUUUCGAUGUGAUCAGUUAGGAACGGCAAUUGAGCUAGUUCAAGCUCAGUUACGUAUACAGCAUAUAUAUAUAUAUACGACUCCAAAACCUUAUUCCUCUAUUAACUAGAGUUCGGCAGUAAGGAAAAGAGAAGACAUGUGCUGACUCGGAUUUUGAUUCCACGUCAAAUACGAUAUCCCCCUUGCCCAUUGACUAUUUGAGGACUAUUUUCUGUUCUUUUGCCCUUGAUUUCUCCCCCUCCCACCGCCGCUACCAGUUGGAUCCCUCAACGACGACGUUGCUCUAUUUCCGCCUCCACCACGCACUGGGUAUCGAUUAUCUCUCAGCAGGAGGAGAGGAGGUGGAUAUGGCAGGCAACCCUAAGAGGCGCAAGAAGAAACUCGAAGUUAGGAGCCAUGAUAUGGAAGAACAAAUCGAUAGGUUGAGCGAUCUUCCAGACAGCAUUAUCGAUUUGAUUCUCUCGUUCCUCAACACGAAAACCGUAGCUCAGACCAGCCUUCUAUCAAGGAGGUGGAGAUGUUUAUGGAAAGCAGUUCCUACCCUCAAUUUCUGCAGGAAGUGUUUCCGCAAAAAAUCAAGUUUCAUUGAACACGUGAACAAGUUUCUAUCUCUCAGGUCCGAUUCGGUGGCUGUUGGGAGCAUCACCUGGGACUUGGAGUCUGGAAGAGAUUUUUGCCGAAACCGUGAUAUAGAGGUGUUUGAUCGUGUCAUGAAAUGCGCUGCUGGAGCCGAUGGUGGCCAGCUUCAUCAUUUGUCCAUUAACCUAGCUUUGGCAAAAUUCAGCGACCUAGCUGCCUCCAUCGGAGCUUGUGAUUAUCAGGAAUCACUCAAGAUUCUGAAGCUAAAAAGAUUGCAUCUACAGUGUCCUGCACUUUCCUCUUUGGGUUUUAAGUUGCUGACCACUCUGGAAUUGGAUUCCUGUUCUCUGUGGAAAUCUUCUUAUACUUCUCCAUCCGACCCUUUAGCUAAUCUCCCAGCUUGCUUGAACUUCUUAAAGCUUCUUGACUGCGGAGCUCUACAUCGCGUGAUAGUAUCAGCACCACAGUUGCUGGACCUGGAAAUUAAAAAUUAUUCCGGACCAGGAAUUGAAGUGUCUGCUCCAAAGCUGAAAUCUUUCCGCCUAUGCGAUAACAUGUUAAAAUUAAAAUACAGACCCUACAAGCUUGACUUCCCUUCCCUAGAUCAUGCAUGUAUCCGCGUCUGGUGCGAAUACCCAUGUUAUGAGAACAGAGUGUGGGAGGAUGCCAGUCGAGCAUAUAUGGACUUGCUGCGUGGAUUGCAUAAUGUGGAGUCUCUCAACCUUCGUUUUGACAAGGUACGUCGUACCAACUUUCGAGCAUAUACGGACUUGUUGCGUGGAUUGCAUAAUGUGGAGUCUCUCUAUCUUCGUUUCGACAAGUUGGAGAGUGGAACGGCUUGGGAAGAAAACCUCUUCCCUUUCAACAGAAUGAAGCUGUUCAUCGAGUCAUCGGAAGCCUCUCCUUUUACUAGAUUGAAGACAUUAAGACUGCAGUAUCCGGAAGAUCCACCAACCCUGCCGUAUGAAGUGAUCCGUUACUUCUUCGAGAGCUCGUCUAGUACCAGAGAAAAGUCUGUUAAAUUCGAGAAGAUAAAAUAAGUAAUGGAUCAUUCUUUUAUAUAU